UCUAAGUAAAAUAAAGCAGACAAAAGGAAGUAACCAGGCAUGGCCUUAGCGUUUCUCCACUGGUGAAUUUUAGGGCAUGAAUGUUGGAAGUAAAAGAGUCUUGAGACAUUUGCUUGUCGGAGCUGAUGGGAACCUUUGCUUUCUCCUCAGUGACUGGUCAGAAAGGAUUGCACUUGUCGGGAAUACCUGGUUGUCCUCCCAGAUUAUCCCCAGAUGUCUCAACGACAGACUUCCCAGUCAUGGCAGGAGGAAUGGCCACAGUAGGCACACAGAUGUUCUCUUGAGGUUGCUUCCAGCAUUUCAUGCCUGAGACCUGACUGAGCCCAGCGGGAAGCAGCUUCCUGGCACGGGAGCUGCACGUUUCUGAGAACUUGAGCUCACUGCCGCCUCCUCCCCUUGUGCGGAUCUGACCAGCCACCUCGCUGCCAUCCACCGAGAGGAACCGUUCUUCAUGCAGUUGUUGAAGCCAUAAACUCGAGGAUCCUUGAUGCUUCUCCACCUUCUAACUGGCAUCUGUUAUGCACCUUAAGCCAUACUGGAAGCUCCAGAAGAAAGAGCGCCCUCUUGAAAUCGGCAGGGACACACUGAGGCGGCCUGUGAACCACGGAAACACGGACAGUGAUGCGAAGGGCAGAGCCAACUGCAUGAAACCCACCUCCUUCCCUCCCGCCUCUCCUGUCAAAGCAUCGUCUAGAAAGCCUUUCGGGAUCCUUUCUCCAAAUGUUCUGUGCAGCAUGAGUGGGAAGAGCCCCGUGGAGAACAGCUUGAAUGUUAAAGCCACAAGGAAUGCGCCGUCUGCAGCCGUGCACCAGACUGAAGAAGGCCUGCCGGGGAGCUGGGCUAUUGUCAAACCUGGAAACACCAAGGAGAAAAUUGCGUUCUUUGCAGCCCACCAGUGCAGCAAUAGGAUAGGCUCUAUGAAAAUAAAAAGCUCCUGGGAUAUCGAUGGGAGAGCCACUAAACGAAGGAAAAAAUCAGGGGAACUUAAGAAAGCCAAGCUACAGCUAGAAAUGAUGAGGGAGAUCAACAGCCAGUGCUACCAGUCGGAGCCGUUUGCCUGUGGCGUCGAGCACUGUUCUGUGCAUUACAUGAGUGACAGUGGGGACGGUGUCUAUGCUGCGAGGCCUCUGUCAGUGAUACAGAUGGUUGCCUUCCUCGAGCAGAGAGCCACUGCUCUGCUAGCUAGCUGCACAAAAAACUGCACAAAUUCACCUGCCAUUGUGAAGAUUUCUGGCCAGUCUCGAGGUAUGCCACCUGCACCUGAGCCCUUCUCUGCUCCAGACACUUGUGAAGAACCCAAGGAAAGAGAAAAUCCUGAGACUGGCAGAUCCCAGAGUGAGCCGGUCCGUGUCCUUGACAUGGUAGCCAGGUUGGAGUCCGAGUGCCUGAAGCACCAGGGCCAGCGGGAACCUGGGAGCUUGUCACGGAAUAACAGCUUCCGUCGGAAUGUAGGCAGGGUGUUGCUCACAAACGGCUCUCAGGCCAGCGACAAAAACAGAGAGGGCUCUGCAGACACACCCGGCACUCAGGUGCACCCCUUGCAGCUGGUAUCUGUGGGUGAAGGACCCCCUGCAACUGACCGUUCUGCAGGGGAGCAGGCCUGGGAUGGCACUUCUCAGGGCUGUCCCCCAUUGCCGGCUGAUGUGAGCUUCCACACGGACAGCACCGAAUCAGAGCCGGCUCAGCAAACAGCUGUGAAACGCUGCAGCCGCGAUGAUGUAGAAAUGGCAGAGGAAUUUGAUGAGUUGCCUACAGAUGCUGUCAGCUGUAGAGAGCUUGGAACACUCACAAGCCACAGUCCUGAGCAGAGACAAGAACCUCUGUGCGUUAGCAUCGCUGUGUGCACAGUGGAGAAAGCCCAGCCACCUGCGCUAGACCCCCUUGAAGAGCCUCUUCCUGGGAUGCUGUUCUUUCUGUCACCUGGGCAGGACCAGCAGGCGCACCCCCAGUUGAGUGAACACCCGGCGACAGAGGCGACAGAGGCCAGCCAGCCUCCAGAUGCUGCUGAGGGCAGCAGUGCCCGUGAGGAGAAAGAAGCCUCUCUGGAGCCGCUGGUCCCAGCAGCCUCUGGGGAAGGACGCACCUCGCAGGGACUUGAGGCAGCCGCGUGUAAGAAGCAGGUGUCUCAGGACUUCCUGGAGACCAGGUUUAAAAUCCAGCAACUUCUGGAACCUCAGCAGUACAUGGCAUGCCUGCCUCACCACAUCAUGGUGAAAAUCUUCAGGUUACUCCCGACCCUGAGCUUAGCAAUCCUUAAAUGUACCUGCCGCUACUUCAAGUCCAUCAUUGAAUACUACAACAUCAGGCCAGCGGACUCUCGGUGGGUCCGAGACCCACGCUAUAGAGAAGACCCUUGCAAGCAGUGCAAGAAAAAGUAUGUGAAAGGGGACGUGUCCCUGUGCCGGUGGCACCCCAAACCCUACUGCCAGGCAUUGCCGUAUGGGCCUGGGUACUGGAUGUGCUGCCACCAGUCUCAGAAGGGCUUUCCGGGCUGUAAGUUAGGCCUUCAUGACAAUCACUGGUUACCCGCCUGCCACAGCUUUAAUCGGGCAAUCCAUAAGAAAUCAAGAGGGAGUGAAACGGAAGAAGAGUGCUGAAGGCCCGCCUUGAGGGGUGCGACCUCACCCGGCCCUUCUGGAUCUCUGCUCAGAUCUGACUGCCACUGCUCAGGCAUUUUAAACUGUUUCCCAGCUAUACAGGAGAUUAGCUCCAUGACUGUAUGGUGGCGCCUCACUUUAACCUAUCCAGCUGUGGAGGACUCCUGCCUGCUUCCCUCCUUCCGGGACGUUCAGACGUCACCAGGCGGUCUCCACCAGGGGACCCUGUAUCUGGAGUGAGUGGGAAGGAAAGCAAACCUUUGAGAAUUUAUGCCUCAGAAAAGAAAGAGCAGGCACCUUACCCUGGCCCUCGUGUGCUUGUUCCUGUGAGAAUGGUGAUGGAGACGGGUAUGCCCUGUGCUGUUUACAGUGUACAUAAUGGGUGUCUGCACAGGGCUGUGACGUGCACAUUAAACCAGAGCGCCUUUACCUGUAGAUGAGUGCUUUGCCCUCUGUAAAUAACGUGAUUAAAAUUCAGUAUUGUAUAUUAUGAACGGCUGACUAAGCAUAAUCACCACAGAAUAAGACUAUCAUAUAAUAGAUUAAAAUGUUGUGCAUCCUUUUGUCUGGUUAAAUUUUUUUAAAAAAAAACUUCAAUAAAAAAUAAACAUUUUAAAUGUG